AUGAAGAAAGCAGAUAAGGAAUAUGUGGAUAGUGAGUUAAUGAAGAAGGCAGAUAAGGAAUAUGUGGAUAGUGCAUUAAUGAAGAAAGCAGAUAAGGAAUAUGUGGCUAGUGAGUUAAUGAAGAAAGCAGAUAAGGAAUAUGUGGAUAGUGAGUUAAUGAAGAAGGCAGAUAAGGGACUUGUGGAUAGUGAGUUAAUGAAGAAAGCAAAUAAGGAAUAUGUUAAUGAAAAAGAUAAUGAAAUUAUAGAAAGGGUUGAAUGGUAUCAUGGACGGACAUCGAAGAUUCUUAAAACUAAAGCUGAUACAGGAUGGGUUUCAGAAUGUUUAGACCUUAAAGCAGAUAAAACUUAUGUUAACGAUGAGUUAGAGAAGAAAGCAAAUAAAGAAUAUGUGAAUGAAAUAUACCAAAGUUUGAUAGGAACAACUAAAAAUAUUGAAACUAUUGCUGGUGACUUUUCCGUCUAUGAAGAAAAUAAAUAUUUUAGAUGGGAGUUUGUACACUCCUUAAAAAAUGGUAUACGGUAUAAACUCAUUCCGAAAAAUAACAAUGAAAUGUAUGUAGGCUAUAUAAAGAAUGAUGGUACACAAGUUAAAGUUCCAUUAGACAACAACUGUUACUUAAACUUAUAUGGAGACGAACAAAAGAAAUAUUUAAGAGUUUAUGAAAUGACAGAUAUGACAUUGUCUAACGUAGCUCCAGCACCGUAUUAUUUCGACUAUGGAGAUGAUGUCAGAACGCCGCAUGUAGAUGAACAAAAGCAAACAUUAUAUUUAGAUUAUUAUAGAUAUAAAAGAUAUAAUGCAAUAGAAAAAACGAGAAUAGUAUAUUAUUAUAUAGAUGACAAAAAUAAAUAUUAUAGUCAAGAUUUUACAUACCCUGAAAACAUAAGAUUAUAUUAUAAAAAAUAUUCUGACACAAACCAGAAGAAACCCGAAAUAGUUACACUAUAUUUUAAGUUCAAAAGAGACAAUCCUAUAUUAUCUCAUAUGUUUGAUUUAAUGAACCCAGUAGGUUCUAUUUAUACAUCUAUGGAU